UAGGACACGGGACGGUUACCAGGCACGCGGAGGCUCCUUUUGGAACGCAGAGUCUCUGGACACUGUCUUAUAGGAGUGGUAGGGUUGAAGUGACUGCGUUCAGAGGCCAUCGGCUCAUCCGGACUGCAGCGGGGCGAGUGACGAGCGCAGCCCCCUCCCUUCCCGCUUCUGUCGGUGUGGCGCCGGCUGGUGACGUGUUGGGUGUGAUGGCCGCCUCGAGGCCGGGAAGGUGAAGAGUUUGGACAGGUGGAGUCAGCACCAUCAGUAGCCAACCUGGACCUGAAUCAGCACAGAGGAGACCUCAAAUCUUUUUCAUCUUUUUGACUCCAGCCAUGUCCACGAUGCCCAACCUGUGAAGGUCUCUUACCAGCUAGAAACUUCUCCUCUGUUCCAGUUGUGCAGCAGACGAUCUCUGGACCUGUUUUGUUUUCUCUGCUAGGAGUUGCUGCAUAUAAACUGGCGAGAUGUCCCUGCUCUUUUCUCGAUGCAACUCCAUCAUCAACGUCAAGAAGGAUAAGCGACACAUGGCUGAGGUGAAUGCUUCCCCUCUCAAGCACUUUGUCACUGCCAAGAAAAAGAUCAAUGGCAUCUUUGAGCAGCUGGGGGCCUACAUCCAAGAGAGUGCCAGCUUCCUUGAAGACACCCACAGGAAUACAGAACUGGACCCAGUUACCACAGAAGAGCAGGUCCUGGAUGUCAAAGGGUACCUGUCCAAGGUCAGGGGCAUCAGCGAGGUGCUGGCCAGACGGCACAUGAAGGUGGCUUUUUUUGGCCGGACGAGCAAUGGGAAGAGCACAGUGAUCAAUGCCAUGCUCUGGGACAAAGUUCUGCCAUCUGGGAUCGGCCAUACCACCAAUUGCUUCCUUCGAGUUGGGGGCACAGAUGGCCACGAGGCCUUCCUCCUCACAGAGGGCUCAGAGGAGAAGAAGAGUGUCAAGACUGUGAACCAGCUGGCCCAUGCCCUCCAUCAGGACGAGCAGCUUCAUGCAGGCAGCUUGGUGAGUGUGAUGUGGCCUAACUCCAAGUGUCCGCUUCUGAAGGAUGACCUCGUGCUGAUGGACAGCCCUGGGAUCGAUGUCACCACGGAGCUGGACAGCUGGAUUGAUAAGUUUUGCCUGGAUGCUGAUGUGUUUGUGCUGGUGGCCAACUCAGAGUCCACGCUGAUGCAGACGGAGAAGCAGUUCUUCCAUAAAGUGAGUGAGCGUCUCUCCCAGCCCAACAUCUUCAUCCUGAACAACCGCUGGGAUGCAUCUGCCUCGGAGCCUGAGUACAUGGAGGAGGUGCGGCGGCAGCACAUGGAACGCUGCACCAGCUUUCUGGUGGAUGAGCUGGGUGUGGUGGAUCGAGCUCAGGCUGGAGACCGGAUCUUCUUCGUGUCUGCCAAGGAGGUGCUCAGUGCCAGGGUCCAGAAAGCCCAAGGCAUGCCAGAAGGAGGCGGCGCUCUUGCAGAAGGUUUUCAAGUGAGGAUGUUUGAGUUUCAGAAUUUUGAGAGGCGGUUUGAGGAGUGCAUUUCCCAGUCUGCAGUAAAGACCAAAUUUGAGCAACACACAGUCCGGGCCAAGCAGAUUGCAGAGGCUGUUCGUCUCAUCAUGGAUUCCCUGCACAUCGCAGCUCAGGAGCAGCGGGUUUAUUGUCUAGAAAUGCGGGAAGAGAGGCAAGACCGGCUGAGAUUUAUUGACAAACAGCUGGAGCUCCUGGCUCAAGACUAUAAGCUUCGAAUUAAGCAAAUGACAGAGGAAGUGGAAAGGCAGGUGUCCACAGCCAUGGCUGAAGAGAUCAGGCGCCUCUCUGUGCUAGUUGACGAGUACCAGAUGGACUUCCACCCAUCCCCAGUUGUCCUCAAGGUUUAUAAGAAUGAACUGCAUCGCCAUAUAGAGGAAGGCCUGGGCCGGAACAUGUCUGACCGCUGCUCCACAGCCAUUGCCAGUUCACUGCAAACUAUGCAGCAGGACAUGAUAGAUGGCUUGAAGCCCCUUCUUCCUAUGUCUGUGCGGAAUCAGAUAGACAUGCUGGUCCCUCGACAGUGUUUCUCCCUCAGCUACGACCUGAAUUGUGACAAGCUGUGUGCUGACUUUCAGGAGGACAUCGAGUUCCACUUCUCCCUUGGAUGGACUAUGCUAGUGAACAGGUUCCUGGGCCCCAAGAAUAGCCGCCGGGCCUUGCUAGGCUACAGUGAUCAGGUUCAGCGUCCUCUCCCUCUGACACCUGCCAACCCCAGCAUGCCCCCCUUGCCACAGAGCUCCCUCACUCAAGAGGAGCUCAUGGUCUCCAUGGUUACUGGCCUGGCCUCUCUGACAUCCAGGACCUCCAUGGGCAUUCUCGUGGUCGGAGGAGUGGUGUGGAAGGCAGUGGGCUGGAGACUCAUCGCCCUCUCCUUUGGACUGUAUGGCCUCCUGUACGUCUAUGAGAGGCUGACCUGGACCACCAAAGCCAAGGAGAGGGCCUUCAAGCGCCAGUUUGUGGAAUAUGCCAGUGAAAAGUUACAGCUCAUUAUCAGUUAUACCGGCUCGAACUGCAGCCACCAAGUCCAGCAGGAAUUGUCUGGGACAUUUGCUCAUCUGUGCCAGCAAGUUGACAUCACCCGAGAUAAUCUGGAGGAGGAAAUUGCUGCCAUGAACAAGAAAGUCGAGGCUCUGGACUCACUUCAGAGCAAAGCCAAAUUGCUCAGGAAUAAAGCCGGCUGGUUGGACAGCGAACUCAACAUGUUCACACACCAGUACCUGCAGCCCAGCAGAUAGUGGGCAGCCAGGGUGGACCUGCAUUGAGAAGAGGCGGGGCUGCAACUCCAUCAGCUCUAGUCCUUGGCCGCUGCAGAGAGAAGGAAAGCACCCACUGUCUUGUACGAGUUACUCCCUCCCCCCUGCAGGAAGACCCCCAGCUCAUACCCUAAUGGAGACCAACAAGGACUGGAGAGCUCUGUCCAA